CGUGAGAACCGAUCAACGCGACACGAACAUACCGUGGGGCCCAGCAAAACAACAAGCGAACCACCACCACACUCCUCCCCAUGGAUCACUCGCACGAUGACCGCGUCGACUCCGCGCUCACCCAGCUCGUCGAGCACUUACUCCCCGGCACCGACUACGAAGAUGAAGCCGAAAUCGAAGCUCGCCAUGACGAGGUCCUGGAGCGGGUGCACGACCUGAUCAAUGGACACCGAUCGGCCGAUUCGGUCAUGGAUAUACAGCAUGUGGGCGAUAUGAUCAGGGGAAAGUUGAUUCGCGACAACCCCACGACGGAACAGGCGAAAAAGUUCAGCUCCCUCUACACUAGACUCCUCACACAGUCGGUGCUGGCGCAGAAAUGGGGUGUUUUGAAGUUCUUGUUGGAGGUCUCCGGGCAAGAGGAUAACGCCGCGGCCGCUACCGCCGUCGCCGUCCGCACUCCCGAUGCGGUGCUUCCUUCUGCUGAACGGGAAGCGGAGGAUGAACAAAUCUUCUCCACGGCGUUUAGUGGGCAGGGACUUCAUAGGUUGCCGGCGAGGGGGACGCCGCAGGACAGCGGUGGUGGAAGUUUUUCUACCGAACCCGAUAUGACGGGUCAGCCUACAAAGGCGGACCUAUUGUUGAAGAGGGGUGACGGCAUCGAACCGAGCGAACAAACACUAUUGUCCGCCCUUCCGUUUACACUUCUGGGAUUGUCCUCAGGAUCACUGCCCUUCAAAUCAACGACGGCUUCGAGAUAUGUGGUGUCACUACCACCAACACUCCCGCUACCCCUCGUAUCGCUGCUACACACGUUGGCUGAGCCGUCACUAUUAUACAAAUCACUCGACGAUUUUGUCCAGGAUCCAAACGAUGGGGCUGAAGGCGGAGGUCUGGUCGGACAAUCGUUGAGGUCAGCCAUCGGGAACGAGCUGCGGGGAUAUGUGGAGCUAGUCGGAGGACUGGAAAGUCAGAUCCGAAGGGCCAUCGCGGCAGCGGAACGGGGACAGGGCAUUCUCUCGUCGGGGGUGACGCUAAAACGAUGCGUUGUGUGGACGCGGGAGGCAACGAUGGGGCUGAGGAUGAUGAGUUUGAUCGUGGAUAAGACGAGAGGCCAAAAAGGCGGACAACUCAUAUCGACAAUCCACGGGUUUGCCUCCGAUCACGGAGAUCCUUUCGUCCGUGCAUUCGCGGAACGUAUUCUUGCCCAGAUCACGCGGCCAUUCUACGAUAUGCUCAGGCACUGGAUCUAUGAAGGAGAACUGACCGAUCCCUACGUCGAGUUCUUCGUGACCGAGGAAGCGCCAGAGCCGGCUGCACAGGGCGGCGACAAAGCCGGGUCUAAAGCCAACAAGGCCGAGGCUGCUGCCGCUGCAGUUGCUGCCGCCGCCGCCGCUGCCGCCAUAAAGCCUGGUGCAACUUCUGUCUGGCAAGACAAAUAUCACUUCCACGCUUUUCAGGUUCCUACCAUCAUAACGGAAGGGUUCGCAAAGAAGGUUUUCUUGAUCGGCAAGUCUCUAAACUUCAUUCGACACGGAUGCUCCGAGAGCGAUUGGGUCGAUGAAUACUGCAAAUCGACCUCGAAAGAGCUUCGAUAUGGAGAUACGGCAAAUUUGGAGAUGAGCAUCGACGAAGCAUACAAGACAACUAUGGCACGAUUGAUCGAUUUGAUGGAUAAUAAGUUCAAGCUCUACGAUCAUCUAGUCGCAUUGAAAAAAUUCUUGCUGCUCGGUCAAGGCGAUUUCAUCGCGCUGCUCAUGGAGUCUCUAUCUAAUAGUCUGGAUCGCCCCGCAAACACGUUGUAUCGCCACAACCUGACCGCUCAACUGGAGCAUGCAAUCCGUGGGUCGAAUGCGCAAUUCGAGAAGCAAGAUAUUCUGGCCAGGCUUGAUGCCCGGAUGCUGGAGCUGUCUCACGGUGAGGUUGGAUGGGAUGUGUUCACUCUCGAAUAUAAGAUCGAGGCGCCAGUGGAUGUCGUGGUGACUGCCUACAGUAGUAAACAAUACCUCAAGCUUUUCAACUUUUUGUGGAGAGUCAAAAGAGUCGAGUAUGCUCUUGGAAGCAGCUGGAGGAGGUACAUGACUGGUGCCAGAGGUGUUCUCAAAGCGGUCGAUGACAUUGUGGGCCCCGAUUGGAAGAAGGCUAGAUGUGUCGUUGCCGAGAUGGUCCACUUCGUCAAUCAAUUGCAGUACUAUAUCCUUUUCGAGGUCAUCGAAUCAUCCUGGGGCGACCUCAUACUUGCCAUCAAGAAGCCGAAUGUAACUCUCGACGAUUUGAUAGAUGCACACGCCGAAUAUCUUCGGCAGAUUACGCACAAGGGUCUUCUGGGCGGCACGACGACUAGGAAUGGAAAGAAGCGAACUGCUGCAGACACCGGAGACGAAUCGUUUCUGAGCCAACUCCACGAGAUCUUGAAGAUUAUGCUCCAGUAUAAGGAUGUGGUUGACGGACUCUAUGGCUAUUCGGUGACUGAGUUUACUCGCCGCCAGGAGCAUAGUGCAAGGAUCGAGGCAAGAACCGGAAGAGGUGACUGGGGUGUGAGAGAGACGGACGAUGACCUUUCUUCCUACCAAGACCAGACUCUACCCAACUUGCGACACAGACUGAGAAGUCUGAGUUCCGAUUUCAGUGCUAGGAUCGUAGUGCUUCUCGGGGACUUGACAUAUCAACCGGAUGCUGAUCUGCGAUUGCUCGGAGUAUUACUCAGCUUCAACGAGUUCUAUCCAGUCGUUCAUAAGAAGAGCCGUCGCGAGCGGACGGACCGCGGAGAUGUCACAACCCAAAGGCGCACGCCCAGGACAACGGCGAGUUCGAAGGAGAAAGGCAAGGAAAGGGAGCAUGGAGACAACGCUUCCUUAGCGGCUCCCCCGACGACAGUCAGUGCUUCCGUGGAUUCAUAGGAAUAUUCCAAGUUGCUGGUUGACCGUUCGAAGAGGAGGUAAUUGAUGGUAUUGUUAUUUUUUGGGCACGAUUACUUUGGCGUUUCGGGGGGA